UGCAAGAAUUGGACGUAUUUUGUCGAUCGUCUCGUCUCGUCUCGUCUCUUCAAUUGUUCUGUCCAUCAUCUUCUCAACCUUCACUUCCAUUUUCAUUUUCAUGGAGGUUGUUGAUUUAAAGGUUUGCUUACAUUGUAAGUCUUGCGAAAACUCUGUUCGCAAAACCCUUUGCAAAAUUAAAGGAGUGAAAUGCGUGGAAACGAAUAGAGCUCUGAACAAGAUCACAGUAUUGGGUUAUAUGGAUCGUAAAAUAGUCAUCAAGGAGGUACGAAAAACAGGUAGAAAGGCUGAAGUUUUGUCAUCAUCAUCCUAUCGCCACCCCUCGACACCGCGUUUGAAAAGUCGACGAGCAACAACUGCUUUCAAAUGCAUAAUGCCAUCUUGUUUUCUCUAAAAGAUUCUGGCUCGGGUAAAUACAUGGUCUUGUUUUGAAUGUUUACGUCAUUUUGCAAAAUAAACUUGACAAAUGGGAGACGAAAAUUUGAAUUCUUAAUAUAGAAAAUAUGUCUCAAUCAAUUCAAUUAUGUUUUAAUGGAUUAAUCCAACAAUUAAAUGGUAAAAUGAGUAAUAAUGUGUAAACUAAAAUGAGUGUGUUUUCUUUUUUUAUAAAGUUGUUAAUUGUUAUUGUUCCCAUUGUAA